UUAAAAAAAAAAGUCGUUUAGCUGUAAUGUUAUUAAUUUAAUUUGAAUAUUUCUAUAUAUAAGAACAUGUUAAGUAAUAUAAGUAGAGUACAAUGUACUCUUACUAGAGGUUAUACUGCAAAAGCAAAGCGAAUUAUUCUUUCGCAAGAUAAAAGUAAAAUAAAAGUGCAUGAACCCAAAAUAGAGAAUCCAAACGCAAAUCGUAUUUAUGCAUGGGGAUUUCAAGAAACCGGCGCCUUGGGCCUUCUAACAAAUGUUAAAAAAGCUCAGGAACGAUACACAGAAAUUGUAAAUCACCCAACGAGGAUGCAGUUCUCUGUAAACUCUGAAGUGGUUGACGUUACAGCUGGGUACGGGUUCUCUACAUUUGCCGUAAAACGUUCUGAUGGCGAAACACUAUUUGGUUGUGGUCUGAAUACAGACUCCCAACUGGGAUUUCAAAUCAAAGGAUCUACCAGUGACCCGAAACAUUUAGACGUAAUAAUAUAUCCAACGGCUAUAAAUUUACCUCGGUUAGAAGGUGAAACUAAUGAUGAUAUGGAAAUAAAGUGCAUGGCUGCUGGACGAGCACAUCUCGUAGUCGUAACAAAAAAUGGCACAAUUUUUACAAUGGGUAACAACUCGUAUGGUCAGUGUGGUCGUGAAAUUAUCGCAAAAGAAGACUAUCGUGGAAGUGCACUAAUACAUAGAAUACCACAAACGUAUUUCUGCGAAACAAAUGAUGAAGUAGUCAAUGUAAUUUGUGGUCAAGAUCACACAAUGUUUUUAACAAAACUUGGACGUGUUUAUACUUGUGGUUGGGGUGCUGAUGGACAAUUAGGACAAGGACAUUUUGAGACUACUGGUCAAAUUUCUAUAGCUAAAGGCGAUAUUGAAAAAGAAAAUAUUGUAAAAAUAAGUUGUGCAUCGGAUUGUGUUCUUGCGCUAAAUGCGAAUGGUGAAGUUUUUGGUUGGGGAAAUUCCGAAUAUGGACAGCUGGAUAAUUUAGAUAAUGCCGAACCGCAAAUUAACAAGCCACGCUUGUUAAAUAUUACUAAAGGUUUAGGUAAAAUAAAGGAUAUUGCUGCUGGUGGUUCUUUCUGUAUGUUAUUGAAUGAAGAGGGACUAGUCUAUACCUGGGGAUAUGGUAUACUUGGCUUUGGUCCGUAUGUUGAACAAACUUCAAAGCCACAACAUUUGCUUCCGCCACUCUUUGGACGAAAUGAUUUCAGUAAUGAAACUCACGUUGUUUCAAUAGGUUGUGGAGUAUUUCAUAUGGGUGCAAUUAACUCUGAUGGUGAUUUGUUUAUGUGGGGUAAAAAUCGUUUUGGUCAUUUGGGUCUUGGUCAUAAAAAAGAUCAAUUCUUUCCAUUUAAAACGGCCAUCAACGGUAAAGUGCAGAAAGUUGCAUUUGGCGUUGACCAUACAAUAGCAAUAUGUAAACCAUUUACUUAGUCUAAGGCAUUGUAUAUAAAAAACAACCUCUGUAGUCUAUAAUUAUGCAUGUAGAAUUAUAUCCUAAAGUAAGUAACUAAUUGAUUAGGAUUUAUAAAUAAGAAAAUUGUUUUAUUUUUAAUUUAUUUAUUAUAACUUUACUUUGUUAACAUACAUAUUUUCGAUUAACUAAAUGAGUUACUUAAAUGUCAGUUAUUGAAAACCAAAAACGAUUUUUGUUUAAUUUGUACUUUUGGUUUAUGUAUAAUAAAGCAAUUAUCCUACAAUAUAAACAUUUCUGUAUUAGUCAAUUGUGACGUAGGAAACUAUUUUUAAUUGAAAGAUUUUUUUUGUCAGUAAGAAAUAAGUGAUGAUAAUGUCAGCUUGUAUUACGAACACGUUCGACGACAUCAAUGGAUUCAUCAAAAACCUCUGGAUUAUUUAACUAACUUUAAAAUUAUUGUGUUUAUAGUAAUUUAAAGAAAAUUGUAGUAGCAUAACAUAU